AUGUUUCCAUGUGCUUUAUACUUUUUUUCGGAUGAAUAUUUGAUAACAACAAAUGGAGAAAAUGUUUUAGAAGAUAUAAAGGGAAAGGAUGGGAAUUUAGACUUUUAUAGUUUGGAUUAUAAUUCAAAGAAAGCUAACAAAUUGAAAUAUAACAGAGAGAAAAAAAUAUAUAUAAAAAAUAUGAAUUUUCUAGGUGAAAAAGGGAAUAUUAGAAAUAUCGAUAAUGUACAAAGCGAAGAUGUAGUAGUAGCACAUUCAUCAAAUGAUAUAUCUUUUGAGAACUUAAAAGGUUCUAAUAUUGGAAAAAAUUUAUCAAAUCAUGUUUAUAUAAAAAAAGAUAGUCUAUAUAAUUCUAAUGAAAAUAAUAAUAUAAAGGGAGAAAUAAACAACGAAAAGAAUUAUAUUGCAAAAUCCUUUAUUCACAAUGAGGAAGAGGCUUAUAAUAUAAGAAAGAGUUUAUAUGAUAAGAUGGAUCAACAUGCGGUAUUUAAUCCAUUUAUUGACAUGGAAAUUGAUUUUAUUGAUUUACAAUAUUUUAAGGAUAUUUUGGAUCUGAUUCCAGGGAAUACAUCAUACUCUAAGUAUUACAAUGAAGAAUUUAAAAAAAUAAUUGAUGAAUAUUCUGAUAUUUUAAGUAACCUUGUAAAAACGUGUAUAACAGAAAAAAUGGAAUUGAUAAAAUUAGAACAUGAAAUAAAAUAUCCUAAAAAGGAUUCUAUGGAAAAAAAAUUAGAAGAAAAGUCAAUAGAACUUGAAUCGAAAAGAGAACUAUAUCAUAAUAAAUUAAAUAAUUAUUAUAAAAAUAUUAAGCCUAAAAUGGAUGAAGUUAGAAAUAAAGGACAUGCUCUUUUGCAAGAAUCAUAUUGUACAGAGAAUUGUAGUACUUAUAUAGCGAAGUAUGAUGAUCUUGUCGAAAAAAUUUUAUUAGAUAUUAAAAAUUAUGGAAACAAAGGACAUGUAGUUCUUGAAAAAAGUAUUAAUGAUUUCUCUUUUUUGGAUAUGAUACUACAAUAUAGUAAUCAACAAAACAAUGAUAUGAGGGAAAGUAUUAAUACCUUGCAAUUACUAGGAGAAGAAAUAAAAGAAAUUUCGGAAAUAUAUCUUAUUAAUAGUACUCUAAUUAACGAUUUAACUAAUUUUUUCUUAGAAAUAAAGAAGAUUAAGGAGCCCAUAGAUUCAAAACAAUUUACAGAAAAACUGAAAACACUAAUACGAAAUAGCUGCCUUUUUCGUCAUAUACAUAAGUUCAAUGAACCAAUAACACAGAUAUAUGAAACAAAGGUAACAAGUUCUAACAAAUUAUUUACUAGUGUUAUAGAGAAAUUACAAAAUGAAACUGAAUCACUUAUUAAAACCUUACUUGAUGAUUUGGAGUUUCACGAAAUUCGAAAAAAUUCAGAAGAAAUAACAAAUUAUGUAAAAAAUAUGUAUGAUAAAAAUAAAGAAUUAUAUGAUUCUAUGAUUAAAGGAUUAGACGAAAAUAUAAAUCUAAAAAUUGAUAAGCUGGAUGAAUUUUUAUCUUAUCAAUAUUAUAUUAAUGAUGAUAUAGUAAAUUAUAAUGAUUUCAUUUCUCUAAAAUAUAAGCAUAUUUAUAUACAUUUAAAAGCUGAAUGCGAAAAAGAUUUACGUGAAAGGAAAUUACUUCCAAAUAAUGUAUUAAAAGCAAAAUUGUUUUUAGAAAUAAUAAUUAAAAUUAAGGCGGAUGAAAAAAUUAUUAGUGAAAGUUUUGAUACAGCAAAGAAAUUUUAUGAAAAAAUUAAAGAUCUCAAAAAAGAAUUUGAAGAAGCAUAUGUAGAAUUUGAAGAAGUUAAGAAUGAAAUAAAUAAAAUGAAAAAUAUAGACGAUAACAGAGAUAAAAAUAUAGAAGAAAUUAAAGACAAAUUAGAACAUAUAACUAAAAAACAGAAUAAUUUAAAGGAAGUUGCAGCGUUAAAAGAUAAAGGAAAUGUGGAAAUUACAGCGAGUGAUGAAUUGCUUGCCAUAAUACCAAAUAAGAAUGAGAAUGAAUUUAAAAAUAAAAUAGAUAAAACUAGAGAUGAUAUGAAUUCUCUAUUUAAAUCUUUAAAUAAUGAUAACAUAAAUAGACUUAUUGAAUCAACUGAAGAAUUUGUGAAUCAAAAAAAAAAUAUUUCUUUUGAAGAUAUGGCUUCUGAAGUUAUAGAGAAUCAUCUACAAGAUAUUAGAAAUAAGUUUGAUAAAAUAAAUUUUAUCAGUGACGAUAAAAUGAAGGAAUUGCAUGAUAAAAUGAAGGAACAGGUAACUAUUGCUGAAAAUAUUAAAAAAGAAAUUGUAAAAAAAGAAAUUGAAAAUCUACAAAAAGAAUUGGCAAAAUUUUUUAGUACAUUUAAUAGUGAACAACAAGAGCUCCUGAUUAGUCUUGAAGAAUACAAAAGAGAAGGAGAAAAGAUACAAAAAUAUAGAGAUAGUUUAUUGAAGAGAGAAAAUGAAUACUUCAGUAGUGUUCAUGUAGAUACAAAUGAUCUAGAAAAAACAAAAAACCAAGCAGAGCUCGAUAAGCUUCAGGAUACUUUUGCUAAGAAAAAAGAUGAAAUAUCUAGAAAAAUUAAUAAUAUAAAGGACCUAAUAAACACUGCGAAUCCGCACUUAAACUUUUACAGUUUUGUUGAAAAAUAUUUCAACAUAAAUGAAGACAAAAAGGGAGUUGAAAAUAUUAAAGCUUUAAAAGAUAAAAUUAAUAAUGUAGACAUGAAUAAACAAGUACUUGAAUUGGAAAACGAUUUUAAACGUAAAACUGAUGCGUUAGAAAAUGACAUAAUAAGCAUUAAAAGUAUAACUAAAAAGUUAAUUUCACUUAGUACAUUGAAUAAGAAUAUAAAUCAAUGUGAUGAAAAUAAUGGAGCAGCUGAACUUUUAAAAAAUAAUGCCAAAAGAUUAAGGGAAGAAGUGGAAAAGGAAAUCGGUGUAACUCAAGAUGAUAAAGUUAUAGGGAAGGAUAUAAUUAAAACUCUUGUGGAAAAUUUAAAUGUUAAAUUAAGUAAUCUAGAUAAUAAAUUAAAACAAAAUGAAAUUGAUGACUUAGUAGAAAAAUUAACAGAUUUAAAGAACUUGUACUCAAAAUCCAAAAUAUCUGUUCACGAAGAAAAAGAAGAAUAUCAUUUACAAGAUGUUUUCACAGAAACUAAUAAAUUGGAAGAAAUUAAAACAAAGUUUAAUGAAUUAAAUGUUUAUUAUGAAAUAUUAAAUAAAAAUAAAAUUACAUUAUUUAAAAAUAAUUCCACUAUCUAUAUAGAAUCUAUUUACAGUCUUAUUAGAAAUGCAAUUGAUAAAAUAAAGCAUGAAGAGAAGGAGAUUUUAAAAUCUGUAAAAAACAUAGAAGAAAAAUUAAAUGUUAUUGAAGUCAAUGAAGCGUACAAAAAUGUUAUAAACUUAGAGAAUGAGAAAAAAAUACAGGUUGUAAGAACAUCAAUUAGAGAAAUAAAAAAAUUGGUUGAUAGAUAUGAAGGAGAAAUGAUUAAAUUAGAAAAUAAUUCUAGUAAUUUAAAAAAGAGGGCUCAAGAAAAGGAAAAUGACAUUGAACAUUUAAAUAAAAUAAAGAAUGACAUGAAAAUUAUUUAUGAAGAAUUAAAUAAAAUUUUUGGUGACAUAAAAUCAGGAACGGAAAAUGAAUUGAAGGUCGCAUAUAAAGAUACGAACAAUAUAGAAAUAUUGUAUGAGAGAAAUUUAAUUGAAUAUAUUUUAGGAAAGAUAGGAAUUGAAAAAAAUAAAUCUCAAAAGAGUAUGGAAGAAAUUAAAUCUCUUAAAGAAAAAAUAGAAGAUAUAAUAAGUAACACGCACGGUGCAGAAAAAGAUGAAGUAACUUUAAGCAAGUGUAAGGAACAUUUUGAGAAUGCUAAAAAAUACGAGGUUGUAAUAAAAGAUAUUGAACAAGAAUCCACUAAAUUAAAGAGUAAAUCACAGAAUGUCGUAAUCUUUGAAGAAAUAAGUAAAAUUAAAGGAAAUGUUAACAUAAAUUUGCAAAGAAGUGUCCAAGAAAAUGGUAACAUAAAUAAUGUGUUGCUUGAACUUAAAGGCAUUAAUAAUCUGUUAAUAUCUUCAAGUUUUGAUAGUACUAUGGAAUAUAUUAAAGUGAACAUGGAAGAAGCUAAUAAGAAGAGCAAUCUAACAAAAGAAGUAUAUGAUAAAACAGUGGAUGAGGAGAAAAGAGUAAAGGAAAAGUUUGAGAAGGCACAUAAAUUAAAAGAAGAAAUUAGUAAAGAUUUAGACGACAGUAAAAUUGACAAUAAAGUAAAAGAAAUUGAGAAAAUAAAAAAUGAAAUUUCAAAAAUAAAAGAAGAUGCCCACAUAUUUUUAGAAGACUCCAAAAAAUAUAAUAAAAUAUGUUUAACACAUUUUGAGAAUACGAAGAAUGGAAAAAAUUAUAUUGAAUAUUUAAAAAAUAAGGAUAAUGGUGAAAAACAGGGGAGAUCAAAUAUUGAUAUAAGGGAAGUAGAUGAUAAGGUUAGCAAGGCUCAACAAGCUUCACUUGAAGCUGUUCAUUACGAAAAGGAAACUGAAAAAAGUUAUAAAUCAAUUUCAAAGUUUACCGAUGACAUAAAUAAUCUUUUUAAUGACUCCUUAAUUAAGGAAGUGAAGACAAAAUGCGAAAAACUAAAUGAUGAAAUACAACAAGUAAUAGAACAAAUAAAAAAUGUAGGCUCUACGAUUGGGGAAGAACUAGAUAAGAAUAAGGAAAAAAUAACUGAACUGAAGAAACAGUUCAAUAUUGAAAUAAAGGAAGGUGAACAGCUUAAUGAAAUUUCAAUGGAAUCAUUUUUAGAAAUACAGAAUUAUAGAAAAGAGUUGGACAACCUUCUAUUAAAUUUAGAAAAUAUAAAAAUUAACAAAGAUAAUUUUAUAAAUACUGCUAAUAAACCAAUGGAAUCAAUUUUAUCCAUCCCUGAAUUAAAUAAGAAAAAUUCCUUACAGGAUCUAAAAAAUGACAAAACAAAUUAUGAGAAAAAUUUGGAAAAAAUUAAAACUGAAAAAAAUCUUAUAGACGGUGAAGAAAAAAAGCUGAACGAAAUAAGUAAGAAAAUAAUUUUUAUAGAAAAUGAACUAAAUAAAUAUAAAAAAGACUAUGAAAAUGGAUUGUUAAAGAAGAUCAAGGAAAAUGCUCAUGUGAGAAAGCAAAAUUUUGAACUAACUAGAGAUGAAAUAAAUUCAUUGAUAGACCCUUCUACAUCCGUUUUUGUUAAAUUUAAAUUGGAGGGAUAUGAUAUAACUAAUAAUUUAAAUAAUUACAGAACAAAAAUUAAUAGAUUUCAUACAGAUUUUAAUGAUUCUUUUAAUACAAUAAUUAGCUAUGAAUCUAAAGUUAAUGAUAAUUCUGUAACAUGUAAUGACGCACAAAAAUUAAGAGCGCAAGCGCAAAUAGAAGAAGAGAAACUUAGAAAUAAAGAAGAGGAGGCAAAAACACUAUUGUAUGAUAUUAAAAAAGAGGAAUCAUUAAGAUUAUUAAAUGAUAUGAAGAAAAAGUUGAAUGCUGAAAAGGAAUAUAUUACUAAUGAUCAUUCAAGAAUUAAUAUACAUAAGGAGAACAUUGAGAAAAGUGUUAAUAGUUUAAAAGAACUAAAUGAUAUAAAUAAGAGUUUAAGUAUUUUAAACUAUUCAAUAAAUAAUGUUAAUGAAACGAAAGAAACAAGACACGCUUAUCAUAACAGGGAGGCGAAAAAAAUAUAUGAAAACAUGAUUGAAGUAGCAAAUCAUUUUUUGAAUGAUGAAAAUAAAAUAAAAUUAGAUUUAGAUAUAAAUUUGGAAAGACCAACUUUAAAAACAAACAUAGAAUCUGAUAUCUUUAAAAUAAUAAAGGAAGCAAUUGUUAUUUUAAAGUGUAUUGAAGGAUAUUUGGACAAUAUAAUGAAAAAACAAAUAGCAAGUGAAAAGUUGAUAACACAAGCUAAUGAUAUUUAUUAUGCAAUAAAACUAAGGAAUAAUUGCAACAAAAAAAUAGAUGAAACAAAAAGUAAAGAAGUUAUCGUUUCGAGGAGUAUAAAGGAUGCAUUGUAUAAAUUAAAAAAAAUUGAAGAAUUAAAAUGCCAGCAUGAAAAUUAUGGUGAUAUAUUAGAAGGUAGAGAUGAAUAUGAAAAUUUAAAAAAUAUUACAAUUAUAUAUCAGGAUAAAAAAGGAAAAAUGGAAAAGGAAUCUCUUUUCAAAGAAAUGGAAAAUAAAUUGCAAAAUUUCAGAUCUUCUUUAAAUAAUUUAGAAGAACUGGUUAAACCUUCGAAGGAAAACGCAAACGAUAUUACUAAAAUGAAAAAAUGCAAUGUGGACAUUGAUGCAGUUAGCAAAGAACUAAACACUAUAGAUAGUAGACUUUUAGAAAUCAAUUCUACUUUUGAAGAAUUAUUACAGUUAGGAAAAAGUUGUCAGACGCAUUGGAUAUCUUUGAUUAGCAGUACUUUAAAUAAUAAAAUAUCAAAGUACUUAAUGAUAAUUAGAAAACAAAAGGAAAAUACUGAAAACUUUAUGAUAUUUGUUAAAAAAAAUUUUUCUUCUACCAGUGAUUUUGUUUCUGAAUUAAAAAAAUUCUAUGAUAGGAAUCUUUCAAUUAAUAAUGGAACUAGUAUUGUUGAAAGUGCAGAUGAGAAUUCUAAGAAGUUUAAGCAACAGGAAGUGGAAGUUAGAGGAACCAUUAAAGAUAUAAAAAGCAUAUUAUAUGCCUUUGAUCCAAGUGCAGACAUUAGUAUUGCAGAUAAGGGUAUUCAUAAUAUGGUAAAGCUUUAUAACAAAAUGAAAAGAGAAAAAACAGAAAUAGAUAAUAUUUAUGAAAAUAUGAGUAUAAUUAAAUUAAAAGAAAUAGAAAAUAGUUGUGAUGCUUUUAAUCCGGUACUAGAACUACAUAGGAAUAUGACAAAAACAAAAGAGAAAGAUUUCUUGGAAAGGGAAAAACAGUUAAAAAAUAUUUAUAAUAAUAUAAAAGAGAAAGAACUUCAUUUUAAUAAAACUUGUCUUAAAUAUUCUCCAGGUUCUAUAAAAGAGGCUAACGAAAUAUAUAAUAAUAUUGAAUCUGAAAUGAAAAAAUUAGAAGCUUUUGAAAACAAUAAUAAUGACAAUUAUAUAAUUAAUGUGGAAAAAUACAAAGAGCACAUCACCCGUUUAAUGGAUAGAGCAGAUAUAUUACUGAAUGAAGUAGACAUCUUCAAAAGAGAAAACAAUUCCAAUAUAAUGGAUGUAAAUAAAGAUAUGGCACAUAAAAUGUCUACUAACGUAGAAGAAAUUACAAGGAAGUUAAAUAAUUCAAAAAGCGAAUAUGGGAAGAUAUUAAAUAAUAUAAUACAAAAUGAGAGUAUAUUGUUAAAUAUUAAUCUUAUGAAGAAGAAUAUUAGAGAAAUUUUUGAAGAAAUAAAAAAAAAAAAAGAAUCUCAGUUAAGUGAGUUAAAAGAACAGUGGAAAUUAAACCAAAUAAAAGAAAUGUUAGAUGAUAUUAACAGUAUUGUAACAGAAAAUGUAAAACAUCAUAAAAUAGAUGAAAAAAUAAAAAAGUUGACCAAAAAUCACGAAGAAAGAAAAGGUAUACCGAAAAAUUACAGUUCUGUUGAUGAUAUAGAUAAUGUAUUAAAUGAUAUUAUUAGUGACAAUGAGGAGAUAGAAGAUAUUUUUAAAGUACUUAAUGGUGUAUUGCAACAGAUAAAAAAGAAAAAGGAAGAAAUGGAUUCAGUAUUCAACAAAAUUUCUGAAGAUGAUAAUUCCAGUGAAUAUAAAUCUGGAAAAAUAUAUAUUGAAGAUGGAGUUAAAGUACUUGGUUAUGUAAAUAACUUAAUUAGUAAUAUGGAUAAUUUAAUAAAAGAUAAUAAGAAAAUAAUACAGGAACUGAAUGAUCAAAAGAGUAAUAUAGAAAGAGAAAUGGCUGCUAAUUCUUUACUAGUUCAUAAAGUUAUUAAUAGGAGAGAGAAAGAAAAAGAAAAAACAGAGCCUAAAGAGAGUAUUCAUGUUAAAGUUGGUACUACAGUUAAUGCCCUAAAAAAUGGAGAAGAACACCCAGGGAAGCACAAGGAAGGAGAAAUCCGUUCUCAUAACAAUUUAAUGCAUGGUAAUACUAUUCGUGAGCAAGUAGAAACAAUGGGUAAAAAACAUAAAGAAUCACAAAAGGACGUAGGAUAUCAUAAAAUAGAUGGUGCAUCAACUAGUAGUGACAGUGAACAUACGAACAAGGAGAAACAGCAAGAAAAAAUAAUAGUAGCGCACGGAAGAGUGGAUGUUCCAGAAUCGGCUGAAUUAAGAUCUAAUAAUAAUAAUAUAGAAGCAAAUACAUUAGAAGAACAAAAAUUGAUAAAAGAAAAAGUUGCUACAAAAGAUAUUCGUGACGAUAUUAAUAUAGACAAUCAUACUAAAAAUGAAACGCAAACAUUGAGCGUAUCAAAUGUAAGUGAAACACAUGAGACCAAGGAUAAUAAUAAGGAUCAUUCAAGUUCAAGUGAUGAAAAAAAUCAAUCAAUGCCAAAAAGUUUAUUUGAAAGAAUUAAUUAUGCAAAAGGGAUAAUUAUUGGCUUAAGUAUUUUUGCAGCUAUGGGUAUGUAUAUCGUGAAUAUCAAAUAUGCUGAGGAAAAUGAAGACAAUGCUUUUGAUGAACAUAUAGUAUUUAAUGCAACUAAUAGUUCGUAUAACCAAAAUAAGGAAGAGAUCAUUGAUGUUUCUUUUUGUUGGAUAUGA